UUCCUGUCGCAGGACUGAGCAACAAGCAACAACCGGGACGUGUUUUCUUGCUCAAAGGGAAAAUAUUGCACACAUAAAUAACACUUUUCCACUUUUCUUCCCUUCCUAUUGUGCAAGGCCAGUGUUUGGUUGUGUGAGUGUACGUGUGUAACUUACGGGAAGGCAGCCGGAAAGGACUCUCGGAUUAGUUUGGAGCGCAGAAAAAACAGGUGCGAAAUCGUGCAACCGUGCGUGAAAAUCGUGAGGAAUUUUGCACCGGAAGUGGUGCUGCUGCGAGCGCAGCAGGUGAACGUGAGAUUGUGAUUGUGUGGCAGGCACUCACACAAAUCAACAACAGAGGUUGUAAAACGUGACUGAGGAUAAAGUGGCCUAGCCAGUAUCGGAAUUCAAUCAUCGUCCCCGACGACGUCUUUGCAACAGUUUGUGGUUUUCCCUUAGGACGAAGGGCGGAGGAAUUUAAUUGAAUUUUCCUCGUCUCCUCUUCUCGUCGACGGUUCUCAUCGUCCUCUCGGGAAAGUUUGUUGUUUUUCCCCGGGUGUUGGUGUGCGUAAGGCCGUGCGUUGCUGGAAAACAGCAGCAGUGUCUGGGAAAUUUCCUUGGAAAUUCAAGAAUCUUGCAGCACGGAGAGGGUGGGAAAAACAAACAGAGAGGAAAGUGCAGCAACAAAACGGAAAAUCCAUCCGUUGAUGCACUUUUGAUUGGGAAAGUUUCAGUGUCUGCGUGUUUGCAGAAGGAACGAAGGAAAAGCACUUAAAGAAAUCAGUGUCUGUGAGUGAGUGAAAGCACCUGCACUUCAAGGAUAUUUUCGCUGUUAUCGUUGUGGAAAAUGGGAAAUUUCGGGAUGCUGUUGCCACCAAAGUUGCUGCUGCGGAUGUCCACGCUGCUGUUUCUGGUGGUGCACAAUGCAAACGGUCAGUACGGUCCGGAAGGCGGUCGCCGACUUAAGCCAUGCGAGCUGGAAUCGUUGCUGCGGGAUUUGACCUACCCUGAGGAAGGUUACGAGAUGCAUGCGGCCGCCCUGCGGAACCAACUCCGACACAUCCUGGAACGGGACCCCUCGGACGGUGCCAACUACCAGUCGAUGGACGAGUACGGCGGUUACGAAAAUUCCGGCCCGUACGAGGACAAACGGUCCUACCGCUCCCUGCUGCGUGACGGGGCCUCCUUUGGCCAGAAGCGGAACCUCGGUUCGCUAGCCCGAGCCGGCCUGCUGCGGGCACCCCCAGCCGGUGACUACCUUAAGCGUAGCAUUGCUACCCUGGCCAAAAACGGCCAACUCCCGUCCCGGGAACCAGACUCGGAAGAGAGCAGCUCGGGCGCGGCCACCGGCGGUUGGACCGAUGCCGACAAACGGAACGUGGCCUCCGCAUUCCGGUCCGGGUACAUGCUGAACGGCAAGCGGAAUAUUGCCUCGCUAGCCCGGAAGUACGAACUGCCCGGCAAGCGGAACAUCCAAUCGCUGCUGCGAACCGGUGGAAUGAUGCCAUCGAUUGCCCCCAAGCGGAACAUGCAAGCGUUGGCGCGAGACAACUCACUGCCGCACUAUGGCGUGGUCGGGGGUGGCCAGGAAAGCAAACGGAACAUACAAACGUUGGUACGCGACUGGAAUUUACCCAAGCAGCAGGGAGGGGGUGGCAGCGGGGCGGCAGGUGGCGCCAGUGGAGUUGAUGAAAAACGAAACAUCCAAUCGCUGAAGAGUUCCCAGGGUGGUCGCAAGAAGCGCGAGCUGUACUACGACGAGGACCCACUCGGGGUGGACGAAAGCGGAACGCCGGAAGUGCUAGAACCGGUCUACCAGUCCGCCCCGCUGGACUACGAGGAGCUGAUGGAAGCGAUGAGCGAGGCGUACCCGUACUACGUGCCCGGCCCGGACGGUAAUCACAUCGAGGAGAAGCGGUUCCUAGGUUCCCUUGCGCGGGCCGGUAUGCUGAACCGGUACCAUCGGUUCUACCACAAGCGUUCCGGUUGGACCGUGGCCGAUGCGUACGGCGGCCCGAACGACUACGACGAUGGUAAUGAUGACGAUGAUGAUGAUGAUGAUGGCGAUGAUGACGAAGAUAACGAUAACGAUAACAGAACGAGUCAGAAAAACGACCGCUACAGAGAGGAAGGUGAUGAAGAGCCUGACGAAGUGGUGACCGACGACGACCCCGACGAUGAAGAUGAUGUCGGCGUGGACGGCGUGUAUGGACCAGAGCCAUCCCCGCCCCGUAAGCGUCACAUUGCCUCGAUAGCACGUUCCGGCUGGUCGCCAUCGUUCCGGCCAUCGCGGGCCGCGGGCCGUUUCAGUCGAUCCGGGAGGGCGAGGUCGAGUUUUACUCCCAACCCGAGCGACUACGACAACCAACCGCAGGCGUUUGUAGACGAUGCGACACUAUUAGCAGCGACAGCCGGACAGGAUUACGAAGCGCCUCCACCGUCCCUUUCUUUGGCAGCAGCAGCAUCAGCAGCUGGGGAGCUCCCGGUUUACGAUCCACGUGGGGCUCAGCACCGCCUCGAGUCACAGCGCUACACUGGCGACGUUUUCGGGGCGAACCGUCGACCUCCUCCUCCAGCAGGGCCGGUGUACGGCGGAUUGCACGAGGACUAUCCGAUGCCUCCGCCGCCGCCGUACUACGGAUACGCCGGAAUCACCACCAGUGAGGCCCGGUCGAAUCCGUUCUACUCCGAGGACGAGUUCCGGUGCGCUGCCCGGCUGCGCAAGCUGCUUUUCUACCUUAAGAAACAGUACCAACAGGACAACAAGUACAUCCAGGCCGUCUACGGACGGAACCCGGGAGGUGCUGGAGGUGCUCCGCGAUACAACUAAACUGCGCUUUAAAACCGUGUACUCACUAACUGUAUAACUCAACUUAAGCACUACUUAAACGAUAAGGCACGACGAGCUGACGCAGGACAAUAAUUUGCACCCGGUUCAAAGCGAAAGAAAGGAAGCAAGGUAAGAGCACUACUGUAGAGUUAGAUGUUUCAUUUCGAACUGAGAAGCAAGGUGACAUGUUUCCAUCAUCCAACAAAAAUAUAUCAAUUAAAUGGAGCAAACAAAAGUGUGUCAAAACUGUAUGGAAACAAGUAACAACAACAAAAACUCAACCAAUGCUGUUAAACAAGAAUAAAACAAAUCUUAUAUUAUACAUUGUACAUGGACUUAAGAGAUCAAAACAAACACAGGAGCCCCCCUCGUAAGUGUUUAUAAAAGCAUUUUUACUGUAUUAAAAAAAAGAGUGUAGAACUUAGGAUUACAAUAACUACUGGACACAAAACCUUUUAAGAUGUAUUUAUCAGAUAGCUAACCUCUUCCCCCUUUAGCCAACCAAGCCGCCGAUCAAGACGAGACGGUUAAAGUUUACCCUUUAAAACUCUGUUCUAAACUAUAUUUAACCAAAAAAAAAAACAACAACAAACAAAAAUAUCUCUCUAUUCCCAUAUCCCUUCCUUCAUAUCAAGUUGAGAACCUAAAAGAAACUGACAAAAUAAGCACACUCACACACUUUUCUACUUUUAAGAAACGUAAAACAAGGCAGCACUUUAAAGAAGUAGAAAAAAAGUAUAUCUUCCUUCCUCCUUUUUGAACAACACACACAAAAAAAAACCCUAUUAUAUGAAAUUUUAUCCUCAUAUAUUUAUAGACUUUACACAGAGUGUAUACAGAACACAAAAAAUAAAAUCAAAUAAACAGCAGCAAAACGGAAGCUAGAGAGCGACUCUCAAGCAGUGCGGCAGCUUUUGGGAGGAAGUGCCUCCUCCAAGCACAAACAGAAACCAAAGCAAACAUGGGCGCGAGCGAGCUCAUAGGCUAUGGAUUUGGGGGUGGGAUAAGUUAUGCAAAAAGUCUCCGAAGUGGGUACACGUGGUUUAGGCUCUAAAGACUGUGGGAUCGGGUUACAAGGUUAUAAUGUGUUUUUUGUGGGGUUAGGGAUGCUCAAAAAUAGGAAAUUUCAGUUAUGACCGAUUCUACCGUAUGUAUUGGCCUGAAUUACGGAGUAAACCUCAGUUAGUUUUUACAUAUUUGAAAAUAUUAUCGAUUUUCCUUCCUAGAAUCAUAGUGCAAUUUGGAAAAUAUUCUAUUUGUGCUUUAUACGAAUUUAAAAUAUCGUGACUAGACAACGUAUAAAUUGUCUUUUAAAAAGCAUUUACAAAAAAAUGCUAUAAAAUCUGAGCUGUCAGAAACGACGAAAGAGUGACUUAAAAAUGUUUCUGAUGAUAUCACUGACUUUAAAAUAAAGUUACUUCCCGGGCAGACGGUAAUAACAAAAUUCAUGCCAUUUCAAUAACAAAUACUGUUAAAAUAUCAAAAAGUGUUAUGGAAUCUUCUUGAAAAAUCCAUUUUUGCAUAAGGGUUUAAUAACAGUUUAUAUUAUCAUAACAAAAUUUGUUAUUGGUCUGAUAUUGGAUGAUAGCCAAAACAACUUUGGAAUAACAUUUUUUGUUAUGGAAGAAUACUUCCAACUGUUAUCUGGAUGAUCGGAUUAGUUGUUAAAAUAACAAAAAGUAAUAACAAAGAUUUGUUCGAAGAAUAACUAAAAAUGUUAUCAGUCUGUUAUUGCAAUAACAAUCCAAUAACAAAAAUUUCAUAACGACGAAUAACAAAUCUUGUUAUAAAUAACAUAAAAUGUUAUUGGCCUAGUAUUUUCCAAUAUCAAAAAAUUUUAUUACUAAGUUAUUUCCGUCUGCUCGGGUUACGACAUUUAUUUGUUUGCCAAAUAGCAAAUGGAGUUUCCCUUUUAUUAAAUGCAUUGCAUUGCAAUUUUCUUGCAUUAAAGUUAGUUAUAACUUUGACCUAAACUGAGCCGAACAGUUGAAAAACAAUAGAAGCUUCUGUGAAAAUUUGAUGACUUGUUUUCCUGAAUUUAAAAAUUGAUUUGAUUUACGAAAUCGUUGAGAUUUAUUACUCAUGGAAUUUUUUUGAACAAAUUCAGAACAAAAAUCUUUGAAAAUUAUAUAAAUUUCAUAAAAGUUUUAUAAAUCAAGAAAAAGUUGUCAGAUUUCUAUUUCAUUUGCAGAUUUUUUUAAAUAAAUAAUCGUUUCUCUGGUAAGCUAUUACAAAUUUUCAAAAUUUUUGAAUUGAUUAAACAACAGAAAAAUUUAAACAAUCUUUCGAUUAAUUAAGAUUUAUCGAUGCUGCAUGUUUUGCACGAAAAUGUGAAGCUGAUGUCAGCAAACGCUUCACUUUCGUCAAGGUAUGAUAAAUUUAGGCUCACUGAACAAUUUUUAUUGGACAGAAUUGAAUUUUAAUGAAUUUCCUGCCAAUAAAUAAAAUUGUAAAUUUCGUGCAUAAAUGGUAUAUAAUCAUAUUAAGAAACCAUGUACAUCCACGCAAAGGUUGCUUAACAUUCCAACUCCCAAGAAUCCAAAAAGUUGGAACGGUAACUUCAACUCGCUGGAUCUCGGGCAUAACUCAACCAAUCGGGACGAUUAUUUACCCCAGUGAUUUGUUAGGAUGUCUAGAUGAUCCUACAAUUUUGCAGAACUCAAUUUGAUCAAAUCUGUAAUUUUUGCGACCGAAAACAUCGUUCCAACUUUUUUUUCGCAUGUAAAAAAAAUAUCGCCAAAAAAUCUGCGGAGGAAAUUGGUUUAAAAAAGGUUGGAACGAUGAUUUCAGUCGCAGAAAUUACAGAUUUGUUCAAAUCAAGUUCUGCAAAAUUUUAGGAUUGUUUAGACAUUUUUACAAAUCGCUGGAAAUAAGAAUCGUCCCGAUUGUUUGAGUUAUGGCCGAGAUCCAGCGAGUUGAAGUUACCGUUCCAACUUUUUUGGGAGGCUUGGGCGUCCGUGUAAGUUGGACAUGCGUUGGGCGUUCCAGUGUUAAGAUGAUUCGAUGACAUUUGACCAGUUUUAUUUAUUAGCAGGGUAUUAUUCAAAAUUCAAUUCUGUCGGUUGGAGCGUGAUCAGGUAGGUCAAAUCUAUCAAAUGUCAAAUCUAUCAAAUGUGAAGCGUUUACUGACACCAACCAAUGUCAAGUUGUUCUAUCAUUGGUGAAUACAUUAUUUUAUUCUGAUAAACUAUCUUCAAAAGACCGAUUCUUAGCGAAGCUACACCAAAAUGUCACUUUUUUCAAUUUUCAGUGUGAUUUUUUAUAUGAAAAAUUUCAUUUUAAUUAUGAUCUAAUAAUUGCAAUGUGCUUUAAAUGCGUUUUCUUAUCUGAAAUGCCAAAAAUAUUGACCAAAUGAGGUCUGCAAGUCAUUGAAUGGGAGAGGAGUUUUUUCAUAAAUCUGCUCCUUUCGUUGUCCCGUCACGAAAAGAAAUGGCUGGCAAAAACUCAAAUCUCAACCAAAUCUUUCAGUUCAAGGAGCAAAAGAUUCGUUUUUCAAUUUGUGAUAAUGUGUAGAAGAGCAAAAGUUUUAAAAAAUCAAUCUGGCAAAACUGUGUCGAUUUUUUUGGUGUGCCUUUUAAAAUUCCAGUUUUACGAUGUUGUCCCGUCACGCUACAUUUUCAUUUCAGGAGAAGCACAGGUAUAAUAUUGUUCAUUAUGCAUGUCAUUUCUAUGUUGGAAAAUCAAUUAUCUUUUCAAAUAUGUAAUAACAUUGGGGGGUUUCUUCUUUAAUUGUGUCACUACAGCCAAAACGCUGAAAAAAACUUGGGAUUUUUUUGAAAAGGAGCCGAAGAAUCGGUCAAAAGAUGUUUUGAGCACAACCAAGUUUAGAAAAAAACGUUACUUAGUCUGACUGUUGAUUUCGAUAUGUAUUCGUGAAGGUAUAUCUGGUGGAUUGAUUUAGAAGUUCAUAUGUCGAGCGAUUUUAUAGUUGUUAUAUGCCUUUCCUCAAUAAGGAAGGUAAACAAAAAAGAUUAUUCAGUGCAUUCUGUGUUCAAUUGUUAGAAUCAGAUUUAUGAACUGCUUAGAAAUAUUGAUUAUUCAUGGAAAUAAUGAAGAUUCGAAAUAAUUUGUUAAGUAUUUAUAUAAAUAAUAAACUGAAAAUAAAAUAAAACUUAUUGAGCAUCCCAACUUCAUCUAAACACUUCAAGAACUUUCAUAAAGCUUGUCUUGUAUUGUCAACCCUAAAACAAAGCUCCUCGCAAAGUGGCCAGCACCGGAAAUUUGCACGCUCCUUUGGAUCGAGUUUCACCUCAAAAUCCGCGCGCGGAAUGUCUGACAUUUACGCGCCGCAAUGUGGUAUUGUCCCUUUUCAAGGGACGUAGACGAUCCUGUAGCCAACCACUUCCGGGAAGGCGUUUACCAGGUGGAUAUGAUACCUGGAAAGCUUGGAAAAGUCCCAAAGAUGAAUCAACGUGUGCAAAUGAAGCUUAGGGGAGAACUGUCGUUUUGCUGAAGAAAAUUGCCGAGCAAACUUUUAUUUUUGUUGAAUUUCCUAGGAAUUCUAUCAAGUUAAAUAGUUAAACUGGAUCAGAUUUGAAAAUUUACUCAAAAGUCACAACCCCUGAUCAAGUCAGAAGGACGACAAGAGCUGAUUCGGAAACAUUAAACUGAGAGUCACCCCUUCCUUAUAAAAAGGAGGCGUCCCAGAGACGAAGUGAAAUAAAUUUCGAAUUAAAUUGCCUCGUUAGCAGGUUUUUAUUUCCUUCCCCAAGGGGGGAGCCUGGCAUUAUGGCCCUACGAAAUGGGUCGUUGGAUUGAUGGAAUUUCGAUCAUAUUUCGCUUGCCAUUGAUGAUGGUAAUCAAUCUCCCUAGCAGAGUGAGCGCUUGCGAUGGAGUGGGGGAUUGAUCUAUUUUUAACGCUUAUUGGCAAUGAUUGAGGAAAGGUUUAUCAUUUUUUGAGUUAUGCCAAUCGUGGCUGAUUGAAUUUGGAAAUCAUUGUCACGUAAAAUAAAAUAUGAAAUUUGCUCAAAAGCUCCAACUUGCUGACUCGAGACCCGCGGAACGGAAGGAACUACAUCAAAACUAUAUAUCAACCUACAGCAAUGUUGGUCAAAUCAUACUCAAAACGGUUUUCAAGCUUCAUCAAAAUUACAAACAUACACUCAUUUCUAAUGGUUCAUGUAACCUUGUUGUGGCAUUUAACAGUUAAGAAAUCAACUAAUCAGUAGUUGAAGUUGAUCAAAACAACCAAACUACCCGGAAAGAAACACUCUAGAACCGAGCUAAGCUUAACUAGUUACUAAGAAGAAGAUGAAAAGUGCACGGAAAAUGGGAGAAAAUCAUUGCACCAUCAUAAUGAUAACAAAAUCAAUAAUAAUAAACUGAGGAAACAAGAAAAAAUGUGUGUAUGCUGUGUAUGACAAUUUUUCAACACGCCAUUUGCUGUUAUUAUCAUUAUCAUUGAGAAUUUUUCACUUUUCUGUUACAAAAAAUGUACAAGUUUUAGACACUGUAAGGCGCUAAGAAAUCAAUGGACAAUACAUAUUAUAAAUAUUAUAUACACUACUUAAACUGGGAAUUUGAGGAAAUCUGCUGCAAGGGGUGCCGUUGGGAUGAUUUUUACUGAAAAAAAUCACCACCGAAACUCCUUGGCCGACUCGAAUUUCCCAAAAAUGUAACAAAUAAGUUGUACUUAAAGAAGUUAAGGUAAAAAGGUGACAGAAUGGGAAAAUAAAGCUUCAAGUAAUGUAAACCAUACAAUAAUACCCUGACAAUAAUAAAUCAAUCGUGAAGAAGUACCAUAUUUUCGUACGUUUCGAGAAUGAAUGUUCCAACAGAACUGGAAGAAACGAGCCAAAAAUAGAUAAAACCUAAAGACAAUAAUCAAGCAUAACAACAAAAUGUAACUGAUUGUAACUACUUUGCAAACUGAGGACAAUAAAACUCACAAUACAUCAGUUUAUGAUAGACAGCUACACUUUCAAAACGAACAUCAGCACUUGUUUCAUUUUUAUGCUCAAAUUCACAUACAAAAUUCCCACAAAAAUCAUUCCCCCAGAUUGCACUUGUUGAACUUUUGGGCAAAACAACACCCACUGCAAACAAACUCAUAGACAUAAACACAGCAACACACACACAAGCAGUCACCCCCACCACAUGAGAAGGAGUAAAACUUGCUCAAUAAUGAAUUUUCAAGUGCGAGAAAAGUUUCCGGCGUGGAGUUCUGUAGAUAACGCUGCAAAUAAAAACAAUAGAAAAAUAAAAACAAAA